UUUUCUGCUUCAUACUCAACCCUUCUAUUUAUCUCUGUUUCACGUGUUAAUUGCAACGCUUUUCUCAUCGUUGAAUCCACGAGAAAUAACAACCCAUUCUUCUUCUUCUUUUUCGUUCUUUCUUUCUUCUUUCUUCUUCUGGCUUAAUCUUAAUCCAUCAUCAUGUCUUCAAUUUUGAGCUCCCAAGGAGUAGUCUUUGCAACAGCUAUGGCGGUCUCGGGCACUGUAAUCCUCCUAGCCUUCUGUCGACAGAAGCCACUCCUAGCUACCCAGUUCGCCGUCGAUCGGAAUUCCGACUCUACUGCUCCAGUUCUUCGGUCUUGCAUCUCUUCUGAUGGGAAGAAGAGAGACAAGAAGAAGAAAAGGGUUCACUUUGCAGAAGACGUGGUUGAUCCAAUUGGAAACAGCGAGGAGUUCCGGAGGGAGCACCGCAAGAAAUCGUUGAGUUUGAAUCAAGUUUGCAGGUCUGAGAACCGCAGCGUCGUCCAAGGAAUGCCCAGAAAUCGAAUGGCUUUGUACAAUGGAAUUCUCAGAGAUCGUGUUCAGAGAAUGACCUGCUCCUAUUGAUGAAUCCUUCAAAAAAUUUUCGAACGGUUUAAUUUGUAACUGUGGUCCUUUACCGCCGCCCCCCCCCCCCCCCCCCCCCCCCCCUCACUCUGUUUGUCCAAAGAAACGAAGAGGAAUCUGUGACUCUGCUUCUUCCAUUUGUAAAUAUCAGUCUUCACAGCCUUGGCCUGAUAACUAGACACAGACAUUGAUUGGAGAUUAGGCCCUCCAAGAUUUUGAUUUCUUUACUUUGGCUAAAUGGGUUUCUACUUUCCUGUCAAUUUCUCAUUUCUGAUUUCCCCAUGAAAUAGAAUUCAUGGAAAUUUCACGGGUUUA